AUGUCAAAUUCUCACACGUCGCGCCCGGUUUGUUUGUUUGUUUGUCUUUUUGAACGGCGUCCCGUUGACUUUGCAGCCCGCAAGCAGGAAAUCAUCAAGCUCACCGAGCAGCUGAUCGAGGCCAUCAACAACGGAGACUUCGAGGCUUACGCCAAGAUCUGCGACCCGGCCUUGACUUCCUUUGAACCCGAGGCGCUGGGCAACCUGGUGGAAGGGAUGGACUUCCACCGCUUCUACUUUGACAACCUGCUGUCCAAAAACCACAAGCCCAUCCACACCACCAUCCUGAACCCUCACGUGCACCUGAUCGGCGAAGACGCCGCCUGCGUGGCCUACAUCCGCCUCACGCAGUUUGUGGACGGGCAGGGUCAGCCGCGGUCCAGCCAGUCCGAGGAGACCCGGGUGUGGCACCGCCGGGACGCCAAGUGGCAGAACAUCCACUUCCACUGCUCGGGAGCUCCCGCCGCACCGCUGCAGUAGUCGGGUGUUGCAGGAAGGGGAGGAUCCGCUCAAUCGGGCAGGAGGGAGGGAGGCGCCAGUCCAAACUUCAACAGGAACUCCCUCGCGCGCACACACACACACACACACACACACACACCCUUGUGUCACUGCACUGGAAACACGACGUAAAGUUUCAAGUCCUUCUUGGAAGACUUGGGAUUCCAUAUUUGUAUACAGUAUGUCAUUUGUACCAUGAAAGUGAGCGAUGCCAGUGGUUUCUAUUUCUAGUUCGAGUGAACUCGUCUCGUUUUGAUUUCAGGACGCAUGCAAAACUGUGGCUAUUCCGUGGAACAGUGGACAUCGUUAUGCCGUGGCUUUUUUCUUCUGUCACUUCUUUCCUAUGCUGUGUGAUGCACCCGUCACGUUUUUGGCUGCUUGGGAUUGCAAUCUUGCUAUUUUAAUUUCUACAGAAACUGUCAG